UAAUACGGUGAGCGCUACUGCCGACAAAACAGUUCAGUAGCAGCAGCUCGUCGUGUCAGUGAGUCGAGUGAUCGAACCAGAUUUGAAUUGCCGCGAUAAACAGUUUGACAAUUUGACAGUGGUUCUGAACUGAAAGAGCUGUUGAGAAUAUUGAAAAAUCAAACAAGCCGGAAAAAUCAUCCCCUAGAAGUGAAAGAAAAUUUUAUUCUAAAUAACGAAAGUAAAACUUGUUGCGGGACACUUUAAAGGAUAACGAAAAGUGUUCGUUCGCUCAUCGUCUAAAAGUCGUCCGGUGCAAUUUGGAAGCUUAUCAAAGAUUCAAUAAUGAAAACCCAGGAACGGAACGGAGAUGUUUCCCGAGUUAGAAUAGCAGUUCUUGGUAGCAGCAACGUUGGUAAAUCUGCAUUGACUGUCCGCUAUCUGACCAGACGUUUCAUCGGAGAAUACCGCUCAAAUACUGAUCUCCUCUACAGGCAGAUCAUCACGAUAAAUAAUAUGCCGUUAAAGGUUGAAAUAGUCGACGUUUCAGGCGAAGCUGAAACGAGUUUUCCUUCCGAUCAAGUCGCCUGGGCAGAUGGUUGCUUAAUAGCUUACAGUGUAACGGAUCGUCAGAGUUUCUUGUACGCGGAGGAGUGCCUUCGACAAAUUCAAAACGGGGAUAGUCCAUCGGUGCAGACGGUAUUACUGGCGAAUAAAAUGGACCUGGAACACCUCAGAGAGGUGGAUGAAUUGGAGGGCUUGGAGCUUUCGAAACAGUACAGAUGCCAAUUCCAUGAGAUAUCAGUUGCGGAGGACUCGGCGUCGCUCUACAAGGCGUUCGAGCAUCUAGUGACCGAGUGCCGAAUGCUGCUGCAAAAUACAAAGAUGCGAAAAUUCUCGGUGAGCAAAAUGAUCGGGACGUUGAUCGGCUCGCAGAAAAACAUCGCGCCCCAAGGCGGCACGGUUGUCGUGUGCAAUAAAAACGACCUGCAUCGAUCGAGAGUGAUGAAAAGGCGGCAAAACCUGGUAGCGACCGCAAGCCUCUGAUGCAGCCCGGAAAUAGCCGGGGACCAGUAAUCGGUUCAAGGCGGUGACCGGACUUUGAUUCUUCAUCUGAAUGAUGAGCCUUUUAGGCCAUAGAACUUCGGAACUUCGGCCAGACUGGCUGGCGGGUCGAGGAAAAAUCCUUUUGUUUACUCCGGUAUUUCCUUCCACGCGGCGUGUCGACGCCGCCGGUGUUAAAACCAGCCGAUAUUAUACUUGGAGUUUGCGUUUGGUUGUACCGCUUGUCUACAAAAAUAACCGGCGAGACCUGGUAUGUCGGCAGUGGCGCCGCCAUAGUGACUUCGUCGGCUUUUCAUUCAUGCCUGCAGGGAUUCGAGAUGAUGACUAACGCGCUGGCGGGGACGGGAUUCGACGCCAAGCGUCGCGGCGUCGUUUCGAAAUGAGAUACCUCUUGUCAAGUAUUGAAAAUCACCCCGAGUCAGAUUACAACGACGCAUUAUUUUCAUAAAAUUUUUUUAAUACUAUAAACUUUUUAAUUGAUAGAUGAUUCUGAAAGUGUCACUUUUAGUUUUAAAUAACCGAUUGUGAAUUUAAAUUUUGAGCUAAAUUUCUGUUGCCUAGGUAAUCUUAUGAAGGUACUUGGUCGGGAAUCAUUCCAAGGUAUUCAAUAUAGGAAGGCUUUAAACGAUCUUCCAAUUCAAAAUGUUUUAGAUGUUUCGUAAGCGAGAAAAAAAGGCCAAAAUUCGAUUGUUAACACAGGGUUUUAUGGCAGAACUUCUUUCGAUAGACCUCAAUUGCGGAGUGAACAUAUUUUUAGGCGACAGAUUUUGUUGAAAAUCAAUAAAUAUAUUUUACACUUGCUGAUGAUUCAACACAUAUUACGAUGGAUCAUAUUGAGUUAUGAACUUUAUACAAGUUUCAUGCAAGAUCGUAAGCGAUUUAUCUAUUAUGAAAGAUUAUACGGUGUACCAGAUUGAAAAACUAUAGACAAAGCCGUUACACUAGAUGAUAUGAAAACAAUUUCACUUAACAAGUUCCUUUUGUGAAUUUGUACUUCAGUGCACCAAACUGCACUUCACAAUUUGAUCAUCGUUGACGAACAAACAGAGACGUAUUAUGCUACCCAAAAAUACGGUCUCAUGCAACUGAGUUACCUUAAUGCCCUUCUUUUUCAUUUUUAAUUGCGUAUAAUAUAAUGUUUUUUCAUAUUUAAAUUUCAUUUUCAAGAGAUGUGAAUACAUGGUGAAUACAUUCAGUCUGCAGAUAUUUGAUCUAUGUGAUAUUUAUAUGCUCAGAUUCUAUUGAUGUUUAAAAAAAAACAUUGAGGACGUAACAGAAAGUUUUGUUGCAUGAACGGGAUGAGCAGAAGUUAAUUGAUCUGAAGAGAAAAAGAUAGGAAAAUGUAAUAACGUUUCAACGAAACAGAAAAUUACCAGUUCGAAGGAGUUGAAAGAAGAUAUAUAUAUAUAUAAAUGCAUGCAUGAUGAAUACAUAUAUUGCGAAGAAAAAAUCUUCGUAGCUUUUGCAGAUCUCAGACUUUAAUGUUUUCUUUUUAUUUAUUAUUUAUUCUUGUUUUACUUUCACCGAAAAUUUUUUGAAGAUGAAUCCGUCGUAGAUCGUAAAAGAGUUUUAAAAUCAGCAGCUGUUAUGUUUUUUUGGAACGACGAUUAUACCGACAACUUAUUUUUAGUCACUAAAAUAUAGUGACUAUAUAAUACGCAAAUAGCAUCUAGGAGAACGGAAGAUUGAACAGUACGUGUAAACAUAAGCGUGUGAGUAAUUCUGCAGUAUACAUGUAUAGAACGAGCUGAAAUUCCAAUAUGUGUAUGUAUACACUGGAUACUGAGUGCUUGUGAUAACGUGUGUGAGCCUAAAUUCGGGAUGUACUACACAUUUAGGCCAGUCCAAGUAGAUUAUAGUAUAUAAUACCUACACGUAUUUAAUAUAUAGUAUUUUAUAUAUAGCGAUACCUUUGUAUACUACAAAUUAUGACUUAAAUGUACUUUACGCAUAAUUAUUAGUAAGAUUAGGAUUAAAACUAUGUAAUACUAUUAAUAUCGUUGUUAUACCUACUAUUAGCAGAGGAAUUGUUCUCAAAAGGCUGUGACAUUAAUUAUCUAUAAGCGUAUACAAUGUUGUACAAAAUUCGUGUAAAAAAUAGAUGAACCGUACUUAUAAUUUCAUAAGUCAUAUAAAA